CGCCGGGCCGCCAUGUUGUCGGAGUGAAAGGCAGGGGGAGAGGCAGGCGGCGAGCGGCCUGGGGGGGGCCGAGAUCCGUCUUCAUCCUACCGCUCCGCCCGUGUUGGUGGAAUGAGCGUUGCGUGUGUUUUGAAGAGAAAAGCAGUACUCUGGCAGGACUCGUUCAGCCCCCACCUGAAACAGCACACUCAAGAUACAGCUAAUCCCACCAUGCCUGUUGUAUUGACAUCUGGAACAGGGUCCCAGGCUCAGCAACAGCCAGCUGCAAACCAAGCGCUUGCAGCAGGGACACACUCCAGUCCCGUUCCUGGAUCCAUAGGAGUUGCAGGCCGCUCCCAGGACGACGCAAUGGUGGAUUACUUCUUCCAGAGGCAGCAUGGUGAGCAGCUUGGGGGAGGAGGAAGUGGUGGAGGCGGCUAUAAUAACAGCAAACAUCGCUGGCCUACUGGGGAUAACAUUCAUGCAGAACAUCAGGUACGUUCCAUGGAUGAACUGAAUCAUGAUUUUCAAGCACUUGCUCUGGAAGGACGGGCUAUGGGAGAGCAGCUGUUGCCGGGUAAAAAGUUUUGGGAAUCUGAUGAUUCCAGCAAAGAUGGACCAAAAGGGAUAUUUCUGGGAGAUCAGUGGAGAGACAGUGCUUGGGGAACAUCAGAUCACUCUGUUUCCCAACCAAUUAUGGUUCAGAGAAGACCUGGUCAGGGGUUUCAUGUGAAUAGUGAAGUCAACUCAGUGCUUUCACCACGGUCAGAGAGUGGAGGACUUGGAGUUAGCAUGGUGGAGUAUGUGUUGAGCUCAUCUCCUGGAGAUUCCUGCCUAAGGAAAGGAGGAUUUGGGCCAAGGGAUGCAGAGAGUGAUGAGAAUGACAAAGGGGAUAAGAAAAAUAAGGGCACGUUUGAUGGUGAUAAAUUAGGAGAUCUGAAGGAGGAAGGGGAUGUGAUGGAUAAAACAAAUGGUUUGCCUGUGCAGAAUGGAAUCGAUGCAGAUGUCAAGGACUUCAGCCGUACACCAGGUAACUGCCAGAACUCUGCUAGUGAAGUAGAUCUUCUGGGUCCAAACCAGAAUGGAUCAGAGGGCUUAGCCCAGCUGGCAAGUACUAAUGGUGCCAAACCAGUGGAAGAUUUCUCCAAUAUUGAGUCACAGAGUGUCCCUCUGGAUCCCAUGGAGCACGUUGGCAUGGAGCCUCUUCAGUUUGAUUACUCUGGCACUCAAGUACCUGUGGACUCGGCCGCAGCCACCGUGGGGCUCUUUGACUACAACUCCCAGCAGCAGUUGUUCCAAAGACCGAAUGCACUCGCUGUUCAGCAGCUGACAGCAGCGCAGCAGCAGCAGUACGCCUUGGCAGCUGCCCAUCAGCCUCACAUAGGUAUGUUUUCAGCAGGUUUAGCUCCUGCUGCCUUCGUCCCCAAUCCGUACAUCAUCAGCGCCGCGCCGCCGGGAACGGAUCCGUACGCAGCCGGACUAGCAGCAGCUGCCACGUUAGGCCCAGCUGUUGUCCCUCACCAGUACUAUGGAGUUACACCCUGGGGAGUGUAUCCUGCCAGCCUCUUCCAGCAGCAAGCUGCCGCUGCUGCUGCUGCCACCAACUCAGCAAAUCAACAGACCACGCAGCAAACCCAGCAGGGCCAGCAGCAGGUUCUCCGUGGAGGAGCCAGUCAGCGUCCUUUGACCCCGAACCAGAACCAGCAGGGACAGCAGACGGAUCCACUGGUGGCUGCUGCAGCUGUCAACUCUGCCCUUGCCUUUGGACAAGGGCUGGCAGCAGGGAUGCCAGGUUACCCAGUGCUGGCUCCUGCUGCUUACUAUGACCAAACUGGUGCUCUCGUGGUGAAUGCAGGGGCCAGGAAUGGCCUGGGGGCCCCUGUCCGUCUGGUAGCCCCCGCUCCAGUCAUCAUCAGCUCCUCCGCAGCUCAAGCAGCGGUUGCAGCAGCUGCAGCUUCGGCCAACGGUGCAGCAGGAGGCCUGGCAGGAACCACAAACGGACCAUUUCGCCCUCUGGGGACCCAGCAACCCCAGCCCCAGCCCCAGCAGCAGCCUACCAACAACCUGGCAUCCAGCUCAUUUUAUGGCAACAACUCUCUCAGCAGCAAUUCCCAGAGCAGCUCACUCUUUUCUCAGGGCUCUGCCCAGCCUGCCAACACUUCCCUGGGAUUCGGGAGCAGCAGCUCUCUUGGGGCCACGCUGGGCUCUGCACUGGGAGGAUUUGGGACAGCAGUUGCUAACUCCAACACGGGCAGUGGCUCCCGCCGAGACUCCCUUACAGGCAGCAGUGACCUGUACAAGAGGACAUCCAGCAGUUUGACACCUAUAGGACACAGUUUUUAUAAUGGCCUUGGGUUUUCCUCCUCUCCUGGACCUGUGGGAAUGCCUCUGCCCAGCCAAGGACCUGGCCACUCUCAGACUCCACCACCUUCCUUAUCUUCACAUGGAUCAUCUUCAAGUUUAAACCUGGGAGGGCUCACAAACGGGAGCGGCCGUUACAUCUCUGCUGCCCCUGGAGCCGAGGCCAAGUACCGCAGUGCCAGCAGUGCCUCCAGCCUGUUCAGCCCCAGCAGCACGCUGUUCCCCUCGUCCCGCCUGCGCUACGGCAUGUCCGACGUGAUGCCCUCGGGCCGCAGCCGCCUGCUGGAGGACUUCCGCAACAACCGCUACCCCAACCUGCAGCUGAGGGAGAUCGCUGGGCACAUCAUGGAGUUCUCUCAAGACCAGCAUGGAUCCAGGUUUAUUCAGCUGAAGCUGGAGCGUGCAACCCCAGCAGAGCGUCAGCUUGUGUUCAACGAGAUCCUCCAGGCAGCUUAUCAGUUGAUGGUGGAUGUAUUUGGGAAUUAUGUCAUCCAGAAGUUUUUUGAAUUUGGCAGCCUGGAGCAGAAGUUAGCCCUGGCAGAACGGAUCCGUGGGCACGUUCUGUCCCUGGCCCUGCAGAUGUAUGGCUGUAGGGUGAUCCAGAAGGCCCUGGAGUUCAUUCCCCCAGACCAGCAGGUAAUUAAUGAGAUGGUACGGGAGCUGGAUGGCCACGUCCUCAAGUGUGUGAAGGACCAGAAUGGUAACCACGUGGUGCAGAAGUGCAUUGAGUGUGUGCAGCCUCAGUCCCUGCAGUUUAUCAUUGAUGCAUUUAAGGGACAGGUUUUUGCAUUGUCUACACAUCCAUAUGGCUGUCGUGUGAUCCAGAGGAUCCUCGAGCACUGUCUUCCUGAGCAAACCCUUCCCAUCUUGGAGGAACUUCACCAACACACUGAGCAGCUCGUUCAGGAUCAGUAUGGGAACUAUGUUAUCCAGCACGUACUAGAACAUGGUCGGCCUGAGGAUAAGAGCAAGAUUGUAGCAGAAAUCAGAGGCAACGUGCUGGUGUUGAGUCAGCAUAAAUUUGCUAGCAACGUGGUGGAGAAGUGUGUGACCCACGCGUCGCGCACGGAGCGGGCCAUGCUGAUCGACGAGGUGUGCACUAUGAACGACGGCCCUCACAGUGCCUUAUACACCAUGAUGAAGGAUCAGUACGCCAACUACGUGGUGCAGAAGAUGAUUGAUGUGGCAGAACCAGCUCAGAGGAAGAUUGUCAUGCACAAGAUCCGGCCUCACAUCGCCACCCUCCGUAAAUACACCUAUGGAAAACACAUUUUGGCCAAGCUGGAGAAAUACUACAUGAAGAAUGGGGUAGACCUGGGGCCUAUUUGUGGCCCUCCCAACGGCAUCAUCUGAAAGCAGCAGCAGCAGCAGCAGCGUGGGGCAGGAGCCCAGUGACCACCCGGCACCUACAAACCAGCAACCAAGGAGAUUCCACUGCUACACUUAGACAAAAGGUUUUUGUUUCUGGUUGCUAAAACUGCUUAAAAAGAAAAAAAAAAAGGAAAGGAAAAGAAAAAGCCUUUGUAAAUUUCUUUAAUUUUAUUAUGCAUAACAUGUACUAAUUAUUUUUUUUAAUUAACUAAUUGCCCUGCUGUUUUACUGGUGUAUAGAAUUACUUGUACAUAGGUAUCAAAUGUACAUGGAAGGCCACAGUUUCUUUUUGUUCACUGUUGUAUCUAUAUUCCAAAUGUGGAAACUUUCAGGGUGGUUGGUUUGAAGAAAACAAAAGGGGGGGGGGGAGAACCCAAACAAGCCCAACCCCCCCUUCCCAAGUUUUUAAUUCACCUGCCUCACAGGCAACUUUAUUAUUUGUGCAAACAACCUUGGUUUUGUCUCCUUUUAAUCCAAAGUCAGCGGGGAGUUUGGGUUUUAGUUCCACGCUGUUGGUAAACCUGUUGAAAAGGAUUCGGUGUGCUGAAGGAAAAGGAUUCAGUGUGCUGAAGGAAAAGGAUUCAGUGUGCUGAAGGAAAAGGAUUCAGUGUGCUGAAGGAAAAGGAUUCAGUGUGCUGAAGGAAAAGGAUUCAGUGUGCUGAAGGAAAAGGAUUCAGCUUGCUAAAGGAAAAGGAUUCAGCUUGCUAAAGGAUUCAGUGUGCUGAAGGAAAAGGAUUCAGUGUGCUAAAGCUUCAAAACCUCGUUGAAGCUUUUUUUAAUUGCCUUUUUAUUUGAGUGGAGAACAUGCUGAAGGGAGGUGGCUUAGCUGGUGUUUAAGGGGGAAGAAAACUUCCCCAACCCAGCAAGUUUUUAAAGCCAGGGGCUGGUGUCCCAUGUUUUUCCCCCCUCUCCCCAUCUCCUUCUUCACAUGGAGAGACACCAGUGGGUAAUUUAGCAUGAGGAGGGAAGGAAAAACAACCCAGAAAAACCCACCAAAACAACAACCCAACCCAGCUUUGGUCUUGCUUCUAUAAAUAUAUAGUGUAUACUUGGUGUAGACUUUACAUAUAUAAAGAAAUUUGUAGUAUUUUCUCGUUUUGAUGUCUGAUCUGUAUCUAUAAUGUACCCUAAGUAGUGGAACAUACUUCUGACUGUACAAUUGUACAUUUGUAAACCUCUGUAAUGUAAAUGUGGAGAAGUUUGAAUCGACAUGAACCCUGGUUUUUUUUUUUGUUUUGGUUAAUUUUUUUUUUUGGUAAGAAAAGCAAACAAUAACAAAAAAAAAGAGAGAGAGAAUCAGCCAAACCUGUGCAUUUCAGUGUAUAUUCACACCUUUUAUGGUCGUAGCAUAUAGUGUUGUAUAUUGUAAAUUGUAAUUUCAACCAGAAGUAAAUUUUCUUUUCUUCUUUGUUUUGGUUUUACCUUUUUAUUUUGGAAGGAAAUGUUCUCUUUAUACAGCCUCUAGUUCAUGUUUAACAAGAAAAACAGAAAAAAUGGAUAAAAAAAAAGCAGCUGCUUGGUUUUCUUUGUCACCUGGUUGAACGGUAGAGAGCCUUUCUAAAUGUUAUACAGGAGGAAAAGCAAUGAUUCACUUCCAAAUAGUGGGGUUUUUCUUUCUUUUGGAAUCUUAAAAAGUAACGUUUUUGCUUCUUUUGUGACAGUAAGAAACCGAAAAGUGCAGAAGUCCAGAGACCUUCCCCCUUCCCCCCUUGUUUCUCCUUAACAAUCAGAGUCCCCUUCUUCACCUUGUAAAGUGUGAAUCACCUUUCCCCCCCUUCCCCUUUUUGUACAGAAGAUGAACUGUAUUUUGCAUUUUGUCUACUUGUAAGUGAAUGUAACAUACUGUCAAUUUUCCUCGUUUGAAUAUAGACCUGUAACACUACACGGUGUACAUUUACAGAGCCUUGUGUAUAUUUCCAAUGAACUUUUUUGCAAGCACACUUGUAACCAUAUGUGUAUAAUUAACAAACCUGUGUAUGCUUAUGCCUGGGCGACUAUUUUUUGUAACUCUUGUGUAGAUUGUCUCUAAACAACGUGUGAUCUUUAUUUUGAAAAAUACAGAACUUUGGAAUCUGG